AUGCCAGCACCGCUUGCAAAAGGUAUCAUAAUUACUGUCUCUGUUCUCGUCGCAGCAGGCAUCGCCGUAUACGAGUCUCCGCAGUUUAAGCAAUGGGUGACUACCUCGCGGCGCAAGAUUGCCUUAGCUCUGCACAACCUCGGUGAUGAGAUCCAACCACGAGAGUUGAGCAGGGAGGACAUAUCUAUGACCGAGGAAGUUGGAGAGGUCGCCGAAGAACGCAGACGAAUUGCUCGUGCGGAGAUUAUGCGACGAAGUACGCUUAUGGAAUCACGGCGCAAGGCCCAGUCAGACCAAUCUCUUGGUAGCUUUGACAAACUCGUCGACAGCGAUGGCAACCUGCGCACACCUAAAGACAAUGCCUCUGGUGCCCAUUCCAGCAUAGAAGCUGGCGCUAGCUCGACUGGAGUCGAUAUCGGUACCUCGGGCGCUUUCCGACGAGGAGAUAAACAGGCCCAGGUUGACUCUUCUAACAUAGACCGAGAUCGGCUGCAUCUCGACAUUCCUUCAGCUCCUGCUUCAAACGAUCCGUCGGAGUCUAUUGUUCAAUUUACGCCUACUUCCGAAGCACUUGAUCAUGAUAGUCUCUUUGACCCUUUCUCGCCCAGCUCACCCCAAUCCACCUCUGGCUCCUCUGGCUCGAGCCAUACAGAAGACCUCCAGCAGGUGUACUAUGCUCACCCUCAUUCUGCAGUCAACAGUACUUACCAGCAUGAUCUACUUGCCGACUUAGAUGGACUCGGUCAUGGAGAUGCUCAGUCUGCCCAUGAUGUCUCGGCUGCCCCCUCUACAACUGGAACAUUUAGCCACAUCGGAGGAUUCAUCGAUGAAACCUCGGAUGGUACUCUUAGUGACCUUGGCGGGCGAUCGGUUGGCGGCGCAGCUACUCCUGCAAGCUGGUCUGAGGUUGGAAGUGUAAUUAGCAGCGAGGAUGCCGGUCAUCAACAGUUGCUAUGA